UUGGAACUUGUGAUGCUAAGUUUAGACUCUAAAAAAAUCUGUAUUGCAUGACAAGCAAGAUAAGUCUAGCUUAUGCGACGCGGGGAGGGCAUUUGUCAUGCGGAGUAGGCAUCAGGAAGCCCUCGAAAAAUCUGUGAUGCUAGGUCGUGCAUUACAGACAUCCUGGGUCAUGCAAAAUAUGCAUGACAAACCCGGCAACAUUCCAGACCCAGACAUUUUUACAUUUGAUAGCUGCUCCUCCACGCCGAUGCUGCGAGGGAAUGAUUUGUAUGGGAAGAUUUAUUGACUGUCAAAGAUCUUCUUUCCGUUUGACAUUGACGGGUCGUGAUAUUCGUUUGAGUGACCUCUUACUGGAUUCACAAAAUCAUGCUGUAGCGCAUCCUGUUUUAUUUCUUUUGGCGAUGCCGCAUAUUUUUAGACGACCGAGCUACGCAAAUGGAGUUGCGGAAUGCUCUUCGGUCAUGCCAGAAAAGGUACCUAUAAGGUGUUCCGACUACUAGAAGCUUCAAAUCGUCUUCAAUCGCAGUCGAGAAGGGUAGUCGUUCGGCCAAAUUUCGAUUUGAUAUAAGUAUGCAAGCAAAAUCUCCCGCCCGACCCCGAAAAGCUGAAAAUUCGAGAUGGAGCGAACCUUUAGAGAGGGGUGAAUAUCGUCGAGAGUAGAACCAUCUAUUGUAGUAUGACUAGAAUUAUACACGACCUUCGUCCCAAUGUACCUCAAAGGCAGCGCGGCUCUUUUCUAGCUAGCGACUUCCGGACCUCAAGCGGCAACUUCCUUGCCGCUUCCUGACUUGGUACAUGCCAUAAAGUUUCCUGGCUACCGAGUAAAGGCGGGUCCUACAAAAAUGAUUUGCUGA